AUGGGGGAAGGUGAUGAAAAUUUUCAAAGAGUUGCAGAUAUGUUUUUGAAACAAUAUAAAAACCUGUUGGUAGAGAGGUUUAGGGAAGGCGGUGAUAAUCAUAGAUUUCAGAGGCUUAUUCAGAAUAAUAGCUUUGCAAGAGACCUAUAUGAUAAAGCAAAUAGAUUUUCAACGAUUUACGAAAAUGCUAGCUGGCAGUCCAGUGUGCUUGAAACUUUAGAUUUGGAUUUGAUAUAUGCCAACGUAGAUGCCAUGCCACGAGAGUCAGAGGAGCAGUAUCCAGAUAAUCUUGUAAAAGAACUGCUAAGAUACUUCAAACAAGACUUUUUCAAAUGGUGUAAUAAACCUGAUUGUGAUAGCUGUGGACCAGGUACGUCUGAGCAACAAGAACCUAUGGGGACUGUGGGUCCCAAUAAUGAUGAGGCCAGGUACGAAUGCAGCGUGGUCGAGCUCUACAGGCAUAAUGUUUGUGGCACCGUGACAAGAUUUCCUCGUUAUAACAAUCCUAUUAAGCUACUGGAAACUCGAUUAGGUAGGUGUGGUGAAUGGUGUAAUGUAUUUACAUUGAUAUUGAGAUCUUUCGGAUUGGAAGCGCGAUAUGUUUGGAAUCGUGAAGACCAUGUAUGGUGUGAAUACUAUUCAAAAUAUUUGAAGAGAUGGGUACAUGUUGACUCCUGUGAGCAAUCAUUUGACCAACCUUACAUUUACUCAGUCAAUUGGAAUAAGAAAAUGAGUUACUGUAUUGCUUUCAACAAAGAUACAAUGAUUGAUGUUAGCAAGCGCUAUAUCUUGAAGAAUCAAUUGCCGAGGGAUCAAAUAAGUGAAGACGACUUGAAGUUUCUAUGCAAUUUUGUCACGAGAAAACUGAGAAGUCAAUUGAGUGACAAAGACAUAUACGAUUUGGCCUGCCAAGAUUCCUUGGAGGAGCUGGGAUAUUUCCCUACUAAAACCGACGCAAAGAAGGCGAUCAAAACACAAGCUCAGGGAAGGGAAAGUGGAUCUGCAGAUUGGAAAGGUGAAAGAGGCGAGGAUGGUUCGUAA